AUGAAAAAGAUAAUUAUCAAGUUCAUUUUGUUUCCUGAUGAACUUGCUGGACCUUCAAUGCUAUCUCCAGAAGUCGUUGCAUCUCCAAUCGCUGGAACUCCAAUAAUAUCUGCAUACUUGCUAGUCGGUGGAAUCGUGGCGUUAUUAAUUUUAAUCGCUCAGAAAACAAAAAGAUCACUAAUUGUCCCACAAAUCAGUUCGAUCUUUCUUCAGAAUCCGACGACACUCUCCUUUUUGCGAAAGAACUGUUUGAAGAACGAUUUCGAGUCCAGCGAAUUGAGUCUCCACCAUUGCCAAGUUGACUUGAGUGAAGUCGAAUGUCUGAAACCUUCUGCAGUCGACAAUCCAUCAUUCAACGAGCUCUUCUUUCUUCUGCAGACGAAACAAAUCAAGAGCAUGAGAACCAGUCCGAGGAACGAUCCACCCAAAAAUGCUCCAAAAAAUAUACCCAUCGGGAACGAGGCAGUGUGUGUUGUUGCAGCAGCAGUUGUUGUGGUUGUUGUACGAAGAGUAGUGGGAAAACGGAAGGAGGCACCGGCAUUACAAAUUGAGACUGAAAAAUGGGUUGAUAGAUGUUUGAUCACUAUGACAACUCGUACAUCCUUGUGUAUUAUCGCAAAAAAUCACAUGUCCAUUGCUCACAUACGUGUCACAGAGAGUGGCUAA